AAUCAAACAUGGAGGACGUUGACAAGAAAUUGUACAUCUAACAACGAAUCAGGUCACAUUUAAACGCGCAGGAAUUAUUGGCAUAGUAUAGCAGCAAGUCAUUGGGUAAGUUUAAUUAAUUAAGAAUUGCGACGUAAACAGAUAGCUAGCUAGUUGCCAUAAAAUGUAAUCAUAGCCACGUCAUUUGUUAACCUACAAAAUAUAACACCUCAUAGUUCAAAUUAAAUCCCAAGUUCAAGAACAUUGGGAAACGACGGCACAAUAUAUUUUUUAAAGACGUCACCUCAUUUCUCCUUUUUAUUUUCGUCUGGGCAGGCUAACGCGUUUCGACAGUUGUGACUUCAUCAGAGCAUCAAUAGAUCAAAUUGUAUUUGUCACAUGCGCCGAAUACAACAGGUGUAGAUCUUACCGUGAAAUGCUUAAUUACAAGCCCUUAACCAGAUGUGCCAAACCCAUAGUUUUUUUAUUCAAGCGCUUAGGUGAUAAUUACAAUUGCCCACACUUGUGUGAGGGCGGUGCAUAGUGGUAUUCAAAACAUUAGUCAACCAACAAUUGUUACUAUAUAUACAAAUACACAGAUAUAACCUUUAACACCUCAUACCUUUGCAGAUCACACAUCAAAACAAAAAAACAAGAGUCCAAGAUGUUCUGCAGGAGGCUAUGGCUAAAGCCAGGGACUGGAUUUUGGACUCCAUCCCAGCAGGGUGCUCACAACCUGGCUUCUUUCCAUCAAGCCUCCCUGCUCCCCCAGAGGAAGCUCCGGGGCCUGCUGUUCCCCUUCAGUGAGCUGGAGCCCCACUUGGCUUGUUCAGUGGAUAGGGCCCACUUCCAGCUCUUCCAGCCCAGUGUGGAGGACAUAGCCAAGGCAGAAAAACUCUUCUCCCCGUCCCCCUCACACAAGAUCGAUUACCACACCUCCGCCGUGAGGAUGGAACACGCACCCUCACAGAACCAGCCAGAGGUAGGUGGAGGGAUGUGUGUUGAAUGUAUUUUAAAAUAGUUGUGAAUGUACAUAGUAGUUUCAUUUGAAAUAACAAACUACUUGUAUAGGCUAGGUCUUAUUUCACUUUUAGAUCAAGAUAUGCAGCUAAAAUUUUACAUUGACUCAUGAAAGACGAAAAUAUACUAUUGUUACAUUUUUUUUUUUAAAACAUCAGUUUUUCAAAAUGCUUGUCUGACAUGGAGCAGCAAUCUGGUCUGAAGAUUCACCCUCCAAUGCUGAAAAGCCGCUCCACAGCUGUAGAGAAUGCUAGUACAUGUAUGUACUCAGCAGCAACUCUGCUCAGUGUUUGGUAUGUUUGACUGUGUGUAUUCCAGAAUUUCAGAGGAUCAGUAGUUGGUGGAAGAUAUGGGGUCAUGAGGUACUCCUCAACACUUCUUUGGUGUUUCAUGCAGCCACGCUUUGUUGUUCCAUGAAACCAAACAGUGUGCCCAAUCUACUCUUCUUCACUGGUGGUGUUGGCUCACUGUGUGGGACAUCCUGUGUUGUGCUGGUGAACUUUGUGGCAAGAUCAUUGAUAUCAUUGAUGUCUGCAGUAAGAGCAGUUUUCUCAGUGGCAUUGCACCAUGCCAGUUUAAAGCGAGGAUCCAAGACUAACGCAAUCUGGUAUGUAAUAUUAGUGUUACUAUUAGUUGGCAGUUGUCUUUACUUCAACAUUAUUGUGUUUUUGAUAUAUUUCUAAUAUUUCUUUAACUUUUUCUGUUAGAUGUUUUCAAAGACCCCUUUUCCAUCUAUUUGACAAGAAAUUGCUUAUUCAACAUUUUUAGGAUGGAAAAUGGUUGAAACAUUUAUAUGCCUUAAUUUCCCAAAAAAAUAUAGACUCUUAGAUUUCAUUUGACACACAGUUUGACUAGCUUUGGGACACAACGUCGGAAUCUGGUUGGACUCCCUGAGUUGUGCAUCGUUGUUGUGGGUGGUGACGGAAAAUAACCAUACCACAAAAUAGCAGUUUCCUGUCAAAAGGCAUAUGUAUAAUCUUUAGGAACGCCACUUACCAGACGUGAAGCGAAAUGUGUCCCUCGCUAUCAAAUAAGCGUCCGAACCGCACCAUGUUCCUGCUGAGUUAGACAGCAGGCUGCCAUUAGACCAUGUGAGACUUCCUACCACGAAAUCUACCACUGUCUACACAGACCUCAGAAAAAAAUGUCUGGUUCAUCCUUGGGAGCAAUUUCCAAAUGCCUGAAGGUACCACGUUCAUCUGUACAAACAAUAGUACGCAAGUAUAAACACCAUGGGACCACGCAGCCGUCAUACCACUCAGGAAGGAGACGCGUUCUGUCUCCUAGAGAUGAACGUACUUUGGUGCAAAAAGUGCAAAUCAAUCCCAGAACAACAGCAAAGGACCUUGUGAAGAUGCUGGAGGAAACGGGUACACAAGUAUCUAUAUCCACAGUAAAACCAGUCCUAUAUCGACAUAACCUGAAAGGCCGCUCAGCAAGGAAGAAGCCACUGCUUCUUUUUGGAGAAAUGUCCUCUGGUCUGAUGAAACAAAAAUAGAACUGUUUGGCCAUAAUGACCAUCGUUAUGUUUGGAGGAAAAAGGGGACAGCUUGCAAACCGAAGAACACAAUCCCAACCAUAAAGCACGGGUGUGGCAGCAUCAUGCUGUGGGGGUGCUUUGCUGCAGAAGGGACUGGUGCACUUCACAAAAUAGAUGGCAUCAUGAGUAAGGAAAAUUAUGUGGAUAUAUUGAAGCAACAUCUCAAGACAUCAGUCAGGAAGUUAAAGCUUGGUCGCAAUGGGUCUUCCAAAUGGACAAUGACCCCAAGCAUACUUCCAAAGUUGUGGCAAAAUGGCUUAAGGACAACAAAGUCAAGGUAUUGGAGUGGCCAUCACAAAGCCCUGACCUCAAUCCUAUAGAACAUUUGUGGGCAGAACUGAAAAGGUGUGUGCGAGCAAGGAGGCCUACAAACCUCACUCAGUUACACCAGCUCUGUCACGAGGAAUGGGCCAAAAUUCGCCCAACUUAUUGUGGGAAGCUUGUGGAAGGCUACCUGAAAUGUUUGACCCAAGUUAAACAAUUUAAAGGCAACGCUACCAAAUACUGAUUGAGUGUAUGUACACUUCUGACCCACUGGGAAUGUGAUGAAAGAAAUAAAAGCUGAAAUAAAUCAUACUCUCUACUAUUAUUCUGACAUUUCACAUUCUUAAAAUAAAGUGGUGAUCCUAACUGACCUAAGACAGUGAAUUUUUACUAGGACUAAAUGUCAGGAAUUGUGAAAAACUGAGUUUAAAUGUAUUUGGCUAAGGUGUAUAUAAACCUCCGACUUCAACUGUAUUUGAAAAUGGCUUCAAAUAUGAUUUGAGGAAAGUAUUACAGUGGGGGGGGAAAAGUAUUUAGUCAGCCACCAAUUGUGCAAGUUCUCCCACUUAAAAAGAUGAGAGGGGCCUGUAAUUUUCAUCAUAGGUACACGUCAACUGUGACAGACAAAAUGAGAAAAAAAAUCCAGAAAAUCACAUUGUAGGAUUUUUAAUGAAUUUAUUUGCAAAUUAUGGUGGAAAAUAAGUAUUUGGUCACCUACAAACAAGCAAGAUUUCUGGCUCUCACAGACCUGUAACUUCUUCUUUAAGAGGCUCCUCUGUCCUCCACUCGUUACCUGUAUUAAUGGCACCUGUUUGAACUUGUUAUCAGUAUAAAUGACACCUGUCCACAACCUCAAACAGUCACACUCCAAACUCCACUAUGGCCAAGACCAAAGAGCUGUCAAAGGACACCAGAAACAAAAUUGUAGACCUGCACCAGGCUGGGAAGACUGAAUCUGCAAUAGGUAAGCAGCUUGGUUUGAAGAAAUCAACUGUGGGAGCAAUUAUUAGGAAAUGGAAGACAUACAAGACCACUGAUAAUCUCCCUCGAUCUGGGGCUCCACGCAAGAUCUCACCCCGUGGGGUCAAAAUGAUCACAAGAACGGUGAGCUAAAAUCCCAGAACCACACGGGGGGACCUAGUGAAUGACCUGCAGAGAGCUGGGACCAAAGUAACAAAGCCUACCAUCAGUAACACACUACACCGCCAGGGACUCAAAGUGCCAGACGUGUCCCCCUGCUUAAGCCAGUACAUGUCCAGGCCCGUCUGAAGUUUGCUAGAGUGCAUUUGGAUGAUCCAGAAGAGGAUUGGGAGAAUGUCAGAUGAAACCAAAAUAGAACUUUUUGGUAAAAACUCAACUCGUUGUGUUUGGAGGACAAAGAAUGCUGAGUUGCAUCCAAAGAACACCAUACCUACUGUGAAGCAUGGGGGUGGAAACAUCAUGCUUUGGGGCAGUUUUUUUGCAAAGGGCCCAGGACGACUGAUCCGUGUAAAGGAAAGAAUGAAUGGGGCCAUGUAUCGUGAGAUUUUGAGUGAAAACCUCCUUCCAUCAGCAAGGGCAUUGAAGAUGAAACGUGGCUGGGUCUUUCAGCAUGACAAUGAUCCCAAACAUACUGCCCGGGCAAUGAAGGAGUGGCUUCGUAAGAAGCAUUUCAAGGUCCUGGAGUGGCCUAGCCAGUCUCCAGAUCUCAACCCCAUAGAAAAUCUUUGGAGGGAGUUGAAAGUCUGUGUUGCCCAGCGACAGCCCCAAAACAUCACUGCUCUAGAGGAGAUCUGCAUGGAGGAAUGGGCCAAAAUACCAGCAACAGUGUGUGAGAACCUUGUGAAGACUUACAGAAAACGUUUGACCUGUGUCAUUGCCAACAAAGGGUAUAUAACAAAGUAUUGAGAAACUUUUGUUAUUGACCAAAUGCUUAUUUUCCACCAUAAUUUGCAAAUAAAUUCAUUAAAAACCCUACAAUGUGAUUUUCUGGAUUUUUUUCUCUCAUUUUGUCUGUCAUAGUUGACGUGUACCUAUGAUGAAAAUUACAGGCCUCUCUCAUCUUUUUAAGUGGGAGAACUUGCACAAUUGGUGGCUGACUAAAUACUUUUUUUCCCCACUGUAGGUGGGUGGUGCACAUGCGUGUGUGGGUGGAAGACUGGGGGGGAAAAGAUGACUGAAGUGUGUGGAAUGGGCAGAUUAAUCCUAUCAUGCAUAUAAGAAUGGAAUGAAGGGAACGUUGGCCAUGGCUUAAUAAAUUAACCAAAUUCUGAAAUGGAUUGAUGUAACCUCAGUCAGACCAGGACUUUAACCUAGAUUCUUCCCCGCAGCACCAAAUGGAAAGUUGUUUGGAAAGAGGAGUGGUGCAGAGCCAGAGGGUUCAGUGACUGGGAGACACGUGGUUUUAGUUACCGCUCAGCUCACCACCUCUCCCCUGUCAGUGUGAUUUAUCCCCCGGCCCCACGGGGAAGCGGCACUCUGCAUCCAUCUUGUGUCAGAGAGACAGAUGGCUCCAGUAGCUCUGAUUUGUUCCCUGGGACUCCAGGGAUAUUACAGUAGCACACUGUCAUAUCUCUACAAAUGACUGAUUUUUAUCAUGGCUGGCAACACACAGUUGCAAACCCAUAGCAGUGUGCUCAGCAUCACAUAAUAUAAACACUUUAAGAUGAACUUAUCUCGUUUUCAAAGAUCUACGUACAGUAGGCUUCAAGUGAUAGUUUUUUUUGUACUAUUUUUUUUUAUAUAUAAUUUUCAAUUUGAUCAGCUUGUUAAGGUGCGUACACCUCUUGGCUGUUGUUGUAUUGUAAUAUUGAUCAUGGUGAUUGUGUGUGCGUUGCCAGGUGUGUUUCAUCGGCAGGAGUAAUGUGGGGAAGUCAUCUCUCAUCAGAGCUCUGUUCUCCUUGGCUCCUGACGUAGAAAUUAGAGUCUCCAAAACACCAGUGAGUAAACUAAGUUCUGCUGUUUAUUGGGGGGGGGUUAUCUUUACAUGUGUUAUCGCUCUCUCUCUUUCUUUCCAUACAUUCUCUAAAGUACUUUCACUACCUGGCAUUUUAUCCACUCUCUCUCAGGGCCAUACCAAGAAGAUGAACUUUUUCAAAGUGGGCAAAGCUUUCACCAUGGUGGACAUGCCUGGUUAUGGAUACAGGGCUCCCAAGGACUUUGUGGAGAUGGUGGAGCACUAUCUGGGUUCAAGAAAAAAGUAGGUCUUCAGGAUGUCUGAGCUUUACAUUAUGUUGCCGUCAAUCAAUGUACAGUAAGUAUACUGAACAAAAAUCUAAACGCAACAAUUUCUAAUAUUUGACUGAGUUACAGUUCAUAUGAGGAAAUAAGUCAAUUGAAAUAAAUAAAUUAUGCCCUAAACUAUGAAUUUCACAUGACUGGGCAGGGGUGCAGCCAAGGGUGGGCCUUGGAGGGCAUAGGCCCACCCACUGGGGAGCCAGGCCCACCCAAUCUGAAUGAGUUUUUCACCACAAAAGGGCUUUAUUACAGACAAAUACUCCUCAGCACCUCCCCCACCCCUCAGACGAUCUCGCAGGUGAAGAAGCCGGAUGUGGAGGUCCUGGGCGGUUGUGAGGCCAGUUGGACGUACUGCCAAAUUCUCUAAAAUGACAUUGGAGGCAGCUUAUGGUAGACAAAUGAACAUUACAUUCUCUGGCAACAGCUCUGGUGGACAUUCCUGCAGUCAGCAUGCCAAUUGCACACUCCCUCAACUUGAGACAUCUGUGGCAUUUUCUUGUGUGACAGAAUUGCACAUUUUUAAAGUGGCCGUUUAUUGUCCCCAGCACAAGGUGCACCUGUGUAAUGAUCAUGCUGUUUAAUCAGUUACUUGAUAUGCUACCCCUGUCAGGUGGAUGGAUUAUCUUGCCAAAUGAGAAAUGCUCACUAACAGGGAUGUAAAUAAAUGUGUCCAAAGAAUUUGAGCAAAAUAAGCUUUUUGUGCAUAUUGAAAAUGUCUGGUAUUUUGUAUUUCAGCUCAUGAAACAUGGGACCAACACAUGUUGCAUUUAUAUUUUUGUUCAGUGUAGAUCUGGGCUCACCAACCCGGUUGAUGGAUAGCUACCCUCCUGUAGGUUUUCACUCCAACCCCAGUUGUAACGAACCUGAUUCAGCUUAUCAACCAGUUAAUUAUUAGAAUCAGGUGCGUUAGAUUAGGGUUGGAGCGAAAACCUACAGGACAGUAGCUCGCCAGGAACAGAGUUGUAGAGUCCUGAUAUAGAUCGAAUGCAUUUGUCUGUUUGUGUGUAACAUGAUCACGCUUCCCUCUGCUGUGUUACUUUUCUCUCAGUCUGGUGAGGACCUUCCUUUUGGUGGACGGCAGUGUUGGGCUGCAGGAGGCAGAUAUGAUCGCCCUGGAGAUGUGUGAAGAGUUCAGUCGGCCUUACGUGGUGAGAUUAACAUACUCUGUGCUCAGUUCAUUCUUCAAAACCUUAACCUCUAUGUUAAUUGGAACUAUAUUUCAUAUGAGAUGAGGGCAUUGUUGUUAAACAUUUACAUUACAUUUACAUUUACGUCAUUUAGCAGACGCUCUUAUCCAGAGCGACAUACAAAUUGGUGCAUUCACCUUAUAGUGGGAUAACCACUUUACAAUGUUUUUCUAUUUUUUUUUUUCUUUCUUUGGGGGGGGGGGGGGGGGGGGGGGUAGAAGGAUUACUUUAUCCUAUCCCAGGUAUUCCUUAAAGAGGUGGGGUUUUAAGUGUCUCCGGAAGGUGGUGAGUGACUCCGCUGUCCUGGCGUCGUGAGGGAGCUUGUUCCACCAUGUUAAACAUCUCAGUGUUCUGUUGUUUGUGUCCUUGUGUAUGUUAAGAGUACAUAAUCUUGCUGUAAUCUAGGUUCUCUAUUUUCAUUGCAUGUCAUUUAACCCUUUUCUCUCCCACUCCUCCUUAGUGUGUUAUGUUCCAAGUUCCAUCACACUCACUGUAGAGAGCAGAUUAAUGUAGAACACUCUAACUUGUCCCACUCAGCUAUUUAAAAACUGCAGUCCUGGAUCCAGCCAUUAUUGAUUGGCCCUUUCCUGUUCUUAAUGCAUGAAGCUGUGAAUUAUUCAUGCUAUCAGGUUAUUAAGCACUUUGAUCAUAUAACUAAAAUUAUGUAAAUGGGAUCUUAAAUAAAGCUCAUGUCCACCUUGUGGAGCAACAACAGACUAAAGGACUGACGUCAGACUAAAUUAUCCCAUUGAUGUACUUACAUGGAAUGAAUGGAUGCACUCGUCAUACUGCAAAUAAAAUAUAGGCCUAGCCACUGCAGCUCCAAAGCCACCCAGAAGAUGACUGAAAACGUUUGCUAUUAUUCCUCAUAGAGCCACUUAUUUUGCUUGGGAAUUGGGAACACAGUAUCUGAUUUGGACUAGCACACAAUGAGAACCUGUCAUUCAUUCAUGAUCAUAUAGCCUAUCGGCACUUGUUAAUGAGAUAUCUUUGUCAAACUUGUUUUGUCUGUUGUGUGAUGCAGAUUGUGGUGACCAAGAUCGAUAAGUGUCGCCAGGGGGUGCUGUUGACUAACCUGCUGCAACUUCAGGACAUCAUAACACAAACUGUUGGCUGCUUCCCACAGCCCUUCCUGGUCAGGUGAGUCACCCACACACCCUUCUAUUUUUGGUAAAUUGUGCACCAUAUACAUCCCUCUUUGUGCACCAUAUACAUCCCUCUUUGUGCACCAUAUACAUCCCUCUUUGUGCACCAUAUACAUCCCUCUUUGUGCACCAUAUACAUCCCUCUUUGUGCACCAUAUACAUCCCUCUUUGUGCACCAUAUACAUCCCUCUUUGUGCACCAUAUACAUCCCUCUUUGUGCACCAUAUACAUCCCUCUUUGUGCACCAUAUACAUCCCUCUUUUUAGACCGAUGACUUGUCAGUGUAAACUUGCCAUGUCAGAAUGUAAAUGUGAUGUCAGAAUUACACACAUCGUUAUAGGGCUCGCGUUGUAGUCCUAAAAAUUGAGUUACCUCUGGUUCGUUCAGCCAUUCCUACGGGGGAAAGAGUGGAGUUUUGGGAUAAACGCCAAAAUGGUUUGAUUACAUAAAUGCUUCAAAAUUAGCUGAUGAAGAUUAUCUCAUAGAAAAAAGAAAAAACACAUAAGACCUCCUAAGCCUAUGUUUACCACAGACCUUAUUUUCUGCGUUUAUCAGAAAACCCUCCAAAAAACCCAUUCCUUUCCCCAUAGGCUUUGCCCAACAAGCCAUGGCGGAGUUAGUGCUUACAAAAAGAAGCCAUUACUAUUGCUCAAUAUUCAAGGAGAUAAAGAGUUAGUCCCACUUAUUUGGCAAGAGACUGACUGACACACCCUCUCUCACCAUGUCAUUGUAGCAAUCACAUGACUAGACCAAGGUCAUCACAGAUGCAGUUGUAGUCUAAAGGAAUAAAGUGUGGCUGCAUGCUGACCGCUUACAUGCAAAAUAUACACUGAGUGUACAAAACAUUCCAUGACAUAGACUGAACAGGUGAAAGCUAUGAUCCCUUAUUGAUGUCACUUGUUAAAUCCACUGCAAUCAGUAUAGAUGAAGGGGAGGAGACAGGUUAAAGAAGGAUUUUUAAGCCUUGAGACAAUGUGUAUGUGUGCCAUUCAGAGGGUGAUUGGGCAAGACAAAGGAUUUAAGUACCUUUGAACGGGGUAUGGUAGUAGGUGCCAGGCGCACCGGUUUGUGUCAAGAACUGCAAUGCUGCUGGGUUUUUCACACUCAACAGUUUCCCGUGUGUAUCAAGAAUGGUCCACCACCCAACUUGACACAACUGUGGGAAGCAUUGGAAUCAACAUGGCCCAGCAUCCCUUUGCAACGCUUUUGACACCUUGUAGAGUCCAUGCUCUGACGAAUUGAGGCUGUUCUGAGGGCAAAAGGGGGUACAACUCAAUAUUAGGAAGGUGUUCUUAAUGUUUUGUACACUCCGUAUAUAUAUAUAUAUAUAGCCUAUCAUCUCAGAUAUUUCAUGUUCAACCUUUUUAGGUAAUGGAACACUGUGCUUCAGUUCCAUCGUCAUGCCAACCACACCAUACAGUACAGUGAUAUUGUAUUGUAAAAUCUCUGUUGCCUUUACUGUAAACCAGAAAGUGUGCCAUUGGUUAGUGCUGUAGUUGGACUGUAACCUAUCUUCCUAAUUCUUUAGGUGAUGGGAAAGGACAGACUGAAUUAUGUCACCGUGCAGCUUACAUAUUAUCUUAUGUAAGCUGCACUGCAGUUUAGAUUUCUUUAUUGAAAACUGUAAAAGUGCACCAUUGCGGCACACAUGCAUUUGUGUAAAUAAAACCUAUCUAUCUUGGAAAUUGGGUCAGAUGGCUAUCUGUGAUCAGAUAAGACGAGAUAAUGGUGGCAGUGGCACGUAUGGUCGGGCAUACACACUGCACACUGUUAUUGAAAGUGGAGGGAGGGAGGGGAAUGACAGUGUGCAAGCGACACAGAGAGGGAGACUGAGUGACUGACUGACUGAGUGAGUGAGUCUCUCGGCCAAGGCCUUGGGUUUCGGCCGGCCGCACAUUCUAUAAAGGUUGAGUGUCGGAAGAAUAUCUCACACCCGUAACGAACUGAUAACAGACCCACUGAAGUGCUACUCUACAGAUACCAGCACACUAAUGCGUUAAUUUACUAACACUUUAUAAUGGCUCGUAAACUCACAUACGCAUACACCCUUGUAUGUUAACUGUUCUUCACACGUAGGCAAACCUACUUUGACAACUACUUCAUUACUCUGUCCUGUGUUGUGUAUAACACGCCUCCUCAAUUCUAUACAUGCAAAUAUGUUUGGAUGUCUUCAAAAAGUUGAAGCAGCUAUUUAUUGAUCUCUUUCUCUCUCUCCUGAUUGACAGUUCUCUCCAUUUUUCUGGGAUAUACCUGCUCCGUUGUUUCAUUACCCAUGUGACCGGGAGCAUUCAGCUGGGAGACACUUGUCAAAGCUGAUCUGAGACCAGUUAACCACCCCUUCUCUUUGACUUCACACUGGAGCACAGCUGAGAACUGCUUUGGAAUCAGCUCAUACAAACUCAAUCUAUGAACGCUUUCACCACUGAUACAGUAGCCUAUUGUGGACAGAUUUCAGAACUGACCGGAGAUCAGUUGCUAUACUUGGCUCAUGUGCUGCUACAGUGUUUCUCUUCUGACCCCUAAACCAUUAUAACAAAGCAGACCGCUGAUCUGAGAACUCCUUCCCCUGCUUUCUUAUGGACACGGUACUGUGUGAUUCUACUGGAAUUUUCACCUUGGGAACAGAGCCAAACUAAUAGCUGACCUGAAGACAAUUUCCCAGAAGAACCUCUUCACCUUUAGUGUUUGUGUACAUUGUUUACUAUAGUCAGACUGCUAUUUCUGUACAGUGCAUUCGGAAAGUAUACA